CCCCCUUAUACAUCUGAGACUAUCGGGGACAGAGUCCAGAUGCAAAGGAAUAACUAUUCUGGCACGGUGGAGCCUCCUCAGCUCUAAUGUUAGAAAUGAAUCAUUAUCCCCAACCCUGAUGAGGCAAACGAAAUGCCACCCGUCACGCGGGCACGGGAAGCUUCUCUUCUGUGUCCGCAGCCCAAACAAGGCCUUCUGCUGCUCCUUUUCUCUCCCCUCUUGAAACUCCGAACAGGCCUAAACACUUCGCUUCCCGGUCCUGACUUGUUGCCAAUUUAAGAAACCAGAAACUCCUGAGAUGACCUCGGGGCACCAGCUGGUUUCUGGCUCGGGAAGGCCCGCCUUGCGUUUCGUGCCAAGCAUUCGUUCCCUGUAUGCAGUUAAAGGAGAAGAAGACGGUGGAGGAGGAGGAAGAGGCGACGGCACUCCAGCCGGCCAGGAAGGAGCCAUGGCUGCUGUCUUCCUGCCAGGCAACCUUCAGGAUGAAGCCACUUGCUCGGUCUGCCUGGAGUACUUCAAGGACCCCGUCUCCAUCGAGUGCGGCCACAACUUCUGCCGCUCCUGCAUCGCCAAGAGCUGGAAGAGCCUGGAGAGCGACUUCCCCUGCCCUCAAUGCAGGGAGGUUUUCAAGGAGAAGAGCUUCAGGCCCAACAGACAGUUGGCCAACAUGUCGGAGAUCAUCAGCCAGUUCAUCAUGCAUGGUGGCAAGGGCCUGGAAGAAGACGGGCUGUGCGAGAAGCACAAGGAAGCCCUGAAGCUCUACUGCAAGGACGACCAGAAGACCAUCUGCGUGGUGUGCGACCGGUCUCGGGACCACAGGCCGCACACCGUAGUGCCCAUAGAGGAGGCUGCCCAGGAAUACAAGGUAAGAGAUCUGAUGCGCUGGUGUUCUGCGCAGGUGUGGUGGGAGUGGCCCCUAGCUGGAUUGCUCACAGGCCUUUAGACGGACAUUGUUUGCUGCUAAGAAGACAACCCUUAAAGCUGAGAGGAAAGUUCUUUGUAGAAGGGGAGUGGGGGAGAGCAGAGGGGAAGGAAUGGCAGACCCUUGGAUCUCAGGGUUCGACUGCCUUUGGUUUUCGCUUUUCCAGGAGGCCUAGAACGAGAGCAAGAGCACUGGUGCCUGUCACUCUCUGAGGCCCCUCAGGAUGUUGUCAUCAUCACAUAAGAGCCCAUCCACUUGUCAGAUUUGGCCCACAAGGGGUCCAGGAGUUUAUGAUCGGGCCCUCCAGUCAGAAAAUAUCCCCCCCUGCCCCCAUUACCAUAUGGCUAGAUAGGACCCAGACUGUAUUCCCUCUCUCUCCCCUGACACCUCUGGAAGGGCAGGAUAUAAAUAUUAUUUAAACUGUAAAAGUUCCAUAUGGGACUUUGGUUAAAGGCACAGGAUAGAAACUGGUCUCAAAAGCUGAAAGUUGCAGGUUUCAAGGAUGUACACAGAUAAUUUGAUUCCGUUUGCAUUUACAAGCAAACCUAAUUUGCACUUUCCAAAGCAGUAUGCAACUAAAACACAGCAAUCUCCCCAAAUUUGCAUGUCUCCAAAUUUUGGAGCGCAGUUCUCCAGUCACGUAAUGUGUGCAGAUAUGCACGUCCUAGAGUAAAGUGUGCAUACAAGUGCAUACAUCAGUGAAAAUACUAUACAGGAAUGCAUCGUAGAAGAGAAAUUGCUUUUCAGAAAUGUGUAUUUUAUUCAAAAGUGCACACGAAGUUGUGUCGGUGGGGGGAAAUUUGCACUGAAAUACUGAGUUUUUACAAGGACGUGGUUUUCGUUUACAAAAAUGCACAAACUGAUGUGGAAUUGUGGAGGGCAGGCCUUGAGAAUAGAAAAAAAAUGAGAAGCUGAGAGAAAAAUGGACAGGUGUGCCCAUCUCUAGUCUGGAAGUGGCUUCUUAGAAUAGCCAAGCAUAGCAGUGCCUGCCUAGAUAUCUCUGCUCCCUAGUUAGCCCCAUUGAGCUCAAUGGGACUGACUCCCAGGUACGGGUGCAUAGAUUGCAGCUUGAAUUUCCCAUUAGAGGGCAGGCGUAAGUUGCACCUGUGCUGCCUGUCCUUGUCAGGCAGGAAAAGGUUAAGCAAGUAACCAAAUUCCCGAUCUAUUUCUGGGAGGGAGAGUUCCCAAAGUGGGAAUAAGGUCACAGGCUGACACUGUUUCUCUGGAGAGCAGGAGCCCAGCUUGCUCUUCGGCUGUGCAGUGCCAAUAGCAACUUAAAAUAGAAUUUACAGCUGAUGAAGGAGGGAUGGCUGUAGGCUUAGAAGGGCUGGUCCAUUGGCCCUGGAAGAUUUUGGGGCAAGUUGUUCUGUGCUCGAGCUACGGGUCCUCCACCAACUUCCCUUUACACAAGUGGUCUUUGCACUGGGGACCACAUAACACCGGUCCUGAGAGAUCUGCAUUGGCUCCCAGUACGUUUUGGAGCACAAUUCAAAGUGUUGGUGCUGACCUUUAAAGCCCUAAACGGCCUCUGUCCUGUAUAUCUGAAGAAGCGUCUCCACCCCCAUCGUUCAGCCCGGACACUGAGAUCCAGCGCCGAGGGCCUUCUGGUGGUUCCCUCAUUGCGAAAAGUGAGAUUACAAGGAACCAGACAGAGGGCCUUCUCGGUGGUGGUGCCCGCCCUGUGGAACACCCUCCCUUCAGAUGUGAAGGAAAUAAGCAGCUAUCCUAUCUUCAAAAGACAUCUGAAGGUGGCCCUGUUCAGGGAAGUUUUUAAUAUUUAAUGCUGUAUUGUUUUUAACACUUGAUUGGGAGCCGCCCAGAGUGGCUGGGAAGACUCAGCCAGAUGGGCGGGGUAUAAAUAAUAAAUUAUUAUUAUUAUAAUUAUAUCAUUUGUGGGAAUCUGCAGCUGGGUCUCCUUUUUUAUUUUUAUUUUUAAUACAGCUGCCGUGAAGGGCUCCCAAUUUACAUAGGUACCCAAGGCUGUUGGAAAGCAGUUUCAGCAAAGGGCAGUGAUUCAAAUCGGGGCUAUGGUCUGACUGCACAUUAUGUAGCAAUCUUGUUGAAGCUACGUUGUUCUGUCAUGGGAAGUUACAGGGGAACCCCAGGGUUAAUGCGAUCUGGGGCUUAGAGUAGGGAUGGCCUACAACUCCCAUCAGCCCCAGACAGCAUGGCCAGUGGUCAUGGAAGAUGGGAGUUGUAGUCCAAUGACACCAGGUUCCCCAUCCCUAGGUUAAAGCCAGGUGUUGUGAUAGGGCUGGUGAGUUGUGGGUUCGAAUCUCCGCUCGGCCACGGGGUUUACUGGGUGACCUUGGGACACCCCCCAUUCAGUUUUACCUACCUUACAUGAUUGUUGUGAGUUUAAAGCAAACAUGAGAGGAACCUUGGUGGGUCAGUCUGUUCUGCAUUCUGUUCGGCCAGAAUUUUCCCUCUGCCUAUGGGAAGCCCACAUGCAGGAACUGGGAGCAGCAGUUGUUGCCAAAUUACUGUUGUAACCUGAAGGGUGUGUAUGUGUUUUUGUGUCAAACCACAUGCCAACAAGAGCUUUUUGGAAGAAAGUGAGACCUAAAUGAAACAAACUAAAGCUAUGCCACUUUUAGUUUUGUUUGAAGGAAGGUUGGAUGUAAAUGUAAUAAACAAAGAAUAGAUCAGUGAUUUGUUUUUUUUUAAAUUGAAUUUAUUUCCUAUCUUUCCUCCCCAAGGGUGGCAAGCAGAUACACAUUAAAAAAACACCAAACCCCUUAUUGACAGCUGCACGAAUUAUUAUAGCUAGGAAGUGGAAGGGGCAAGCAGAAAAUAAAAUGGAAGAAUCGUAUAAAGAGGUGUGGGAUAUAGCCAUUAACGAUACAUUAACAUGUGCCAUUAAGGUAAGCUGGGGAAUAUGCAGGAGAAACGAGUUUGAGGAGAUAUGGAAAGUGUUUGUAGAAUUUGUACUGUUAAAACGGAAAGGGGUCAAACCAUCAUAAGAGGUGCUGAAAUUUUGGGAGGUUGGAUAGUUACAAUGGAAUGGUCUCGGGGGUGGGGUGCACAUUUUCAUUCCUAUUUAUGUAUGAUUAGUACUUUGUCAAAAUAAAAUUUAAAAAAAGAAAAAAUAAGACAGAAAGAAAAGGAAAACAAAGGAAAACAUUCCAAAACAGAUUAAAACAUUCCAAAAAUAAUUUAAAUUAAAAAAAACCCCAACAAGCAGUCACAGUAAAAAACUUUCUUCUGUCCAAUAACCUUGGGGUUGCCAGGAACAGUAUUAUUGAGCCAUCAGAUGCCUGGGAAAACAGGAGACAGGUGCAGCUCACUAGGGGAGGACAUUCCACAGCCACCACUGAAAAACUGUGUGGAAGCAGGAAUAACACAGCCAAUCCCAACGCCACUGUGCCAUUGCUCUGAUCAUUUUUGGAGUCCCCUGGCUAACUGCAUUCAUGUAAAGAAGAAACAAACAUUGGGCGAUCAAGUCACAGAUCGCCUGGGCAAUGUAUAUUUAGGCCUUCAGGUUAAUUUAGCUAGAACAGCUACCGCUCCAUGCAUGAAUCACUGGUUAGUUCCAGGUUUCGCUUGCUAAUAGGAAUGUAGGGAGCUUGUCCACAUGGGCCAUCACUUAGCACGGGCAAUGCAAACAUACCAAGGCUAAGCCUCCUGGCCCAGCUCUGAAUGGGAGCCAAGCUGGGAGGUACUAAGGAACAGGGAUCUGUCAGGACGUGCAGAUAGCAGUGCAAAUUGACAUUUAGGGCUCCUCUAAAUGACCUGUUUAUUGAGGCUUACAUAGAGGUUAGACUAGGUCUGAUCUUUCCUGAGCAUUUGUUCUGAUUUAUUUGCAGGAAAGGUGGUACCAAUGAUGACAAUUCAUCUUGAUUUGCUUGUGCAGGUGUACAUGCACAGGUUCCCAUUGUUUGUUCACCCCACAUAUUUCAAUGCAUUUCCCCAUCACUUUCCUAACUGCAAAAAGUCUGUUUGUUUGUUUUUUAAAGUAGGUUAGUGGCACAAGGCUGGCAGAGCACUUUAAUCCACUUUAACUGUGCAAACCUACAUUUCCUCCCUGGUCCUGAAUGGGGUAACUGUGCCCCUGAAGGACCAGAUGCGCAGCCUGGGAGUCAUUCUGGACUCACAGCUGUCCAUGGAGGCGCAGGUCAAUUCUGUGUCCAGAGCAGCUGUUUAUCAGCUCCAUCUGGUACACAAGCUGAGACCCUACCUGCCCGCAGACUGCCUCGCCAGAGUGGUGCAUGCUCUGGUUAUCUCUCGCUUGGACUACUGCAAUGUGCUCUAUGUGGGGCUACCUUUGAAGGUGACCCGGAAACUACAACUAAUCCAGAAUGCAGCAGCUAGACUGGUGACUGGGAGCAGCCGCCGAGACCACAUAACACCGGUCUUGAAAGACCUACAUUGGCUCCCAGUACGUUUCUGAGCACAAUUCAAAGUGUUGGUGCUGACCUUUAAAGCCCUAAACGGCCUCGGCCCAGUAUACCUGAAGGAGUGUCUCUACCCUCAUCGUUCUACCCGGACACUGAGGUCCAGCGCCAAGGACCUUCUGGCAGUUCCCUCACUGCGAGAAGUCAAGUUACAGGGAACCAGGCAGACGGCCUUCUCGGUAGUGGCGCCCGCCCUGUGGAACGCCCUCCCACCAGAUGUCAAAGAGAAAAACAACUACCAGACUUUCAGAAGACAUCUGAAGGCAGCCCUGUUUAGGGAAGCUUUUAAUGUUUAAUAGACUAUUGUAUUUUAAUAUUUUGUUGGAAGCCGUCCAGAGUGGCUGGGGAAACCCAGCCAGAUGGGCGGGGUAUAAAUAAUAAAUUAUUAUUAUUUAUUAUUAUUCCUGCAAAAUGCAGUCAGUCUGGAGGCAACCUUAACAACAACAACAAUAAAAACAAACAAACUUUCAUUUGUAUCCCGCCCUCUCUGGCCGAAACAUGGCUGCAUAUUAGUCAUCAUCUCUCCAUGCCUGAGCACAUUGAGAAGACGACCCUCCUUUUAAUACUCCUUGAUGUCUAUUGUAGGUCAGCACAUUAAAGUGGUAAGCAGGACUUCAUCCAAGCCAGGGAUCACUAGGUUUGAACCUCUCAGGUUAUGUGUUGGGGGCUAGUGGUCCACAGCCCAAUCCAGACUGCCAGAUGUGUGCAUACAUACAGGGGUGCUUAAUGCCAUUUUUGUCUCUCUCACACUUCAAGCCAAAAGAAUAGCUGUCUUGUGAAAGUAUGAGGCUCUCCUGCUAAGCCACACUACAUACACCAGACUUCCCCAACCAGAUAUUUUGGAUCCCAAGUCCCUUCUGCUCUCUGCAGCUGGCAUGGCUAUCAAUAUUUAUUAUUACCUAUUACCAUGAGGUUCAAUCAUGGACGUGUUCGUUAUCCAUCAGCAGUAAGCAUGUGAAAUAACACAGAGCCAACUGUGGACUGCAUCUCCCUUGUCAAUCAUCAUUGUGACAGUGGCCUACGUGAGAAUUGUUUCCCCUUCCUCCAAGUCUGAGACUGCAGCUCUGAGCCAGAUCUGAGUCCAGAAGCAUCUAAUUUUAGAAAUUAAACAUUGGAGGUGUAAUAAAUCCUUGUCAUGUGGUGCUGCCAGGUGGAAUAGCAAGGCAAAAGCAUCGCCUUUCUCUGCUUUCAGCUUCUGAGUGGAGGCAGGAUCGCUGGCUUGAAACACCUGGCAACCCUUAUGGGCACCUGCCACUUGCAACUCCACACACACACACACACACACACACACUGCCGGAUUUACAUAUAAGCUAAACAAGCUAUAGCUUAGGGCCCCACUCUCUUGGGGCUCCCCCAAAAAAUUUAAAGAAAAAAACAACCACUGGAUGUACGUUUCCAAAAUAUAAGAUAAAAAACAAAUAAAAUAAAACAGCAACAGGGUUUUGCGUUGUUUAGGCUCCUAUGAUGUAAGUCAUGGGCCCCGCCUGCUAACCUGCUCCCUAAAAUAUCACUGGUUCGCUCAUUUCUAUAUAUAGGGUGCCUACAUUCUGCACGGACUGGUUGCAUGGCAACAUGUGCAAAUGGCUUUAGAUAUUUAUUAGUUCUAUAAAUUACCAUAUAGCAUAUAUUCAACACAAAAAACAGCAACAAUUUGUUGUUGACAAAGGACAGCUGGGCAUAUAAAGGGCCCCAUUACCUUCAGUAGCUUAGGGCCUCAUCAAACCUAAAUCUGGCCCUGCGUGCACGUGUGCGCGCACACACACUUGUUGUUGUUGUCGUUUAGUCGUGUCCUACUCGUCUUGACCCCAUGGACCAGAGCACGCCAGGCACUCGUCUUCCACUGCCUCCCGCAAUUUGGUCAAACUCAUGCUGGUAGCUUUGAGAACACUGUCCAACCAUCUCCUCCUCCGUCGUCCCCUUCUCCUUGUGCCCUCCAUCUUUCCCAGCAUCAGGGUCUUUUCCAGGGAGUCUUCUCUUCUCAUGAGGUGGCCAAAGUAUUGGAGCACACACACACACCUACUCAAAUCCCUGCAAAAACACAAGUUGCUGUCAGGAAUGACAUGGUCCUGGGGGAGGGUUCCAAUGAAUUCUGCAUAACCUGGCGUUCCUCUUGCCAAUAGGAUUUCCCACUUUUAUCAGACUGGAGAGAUCCUGGUUCAAUUCCUCACUCACCAUGGGGCCCAAAUGGGUGACAUCACAAUCUCUCAGCCUACUCUAUUUCACAGGGCUGUUUUAUAAGGAUAAGGUGGGUGUAAUUAUUGCAGAGCAGCUUGAGCCCCCUGGAAGAAAGCUGGGAUAAAAAUGCAGUAAAUAAACAGAAUGACGUAGUUGCUUGAGAAGCAGCAAUUCCGGAGAUUAAGCCUUCUGCAUCACUGUCCCGCCAAGAUUUCUGUGCCUGGAUUCCCACUUAAUGCAACUCCUUCUCAUUAGUAGCAUUGGACCCUGCCUUAAACUGAGACAGACCAUUGGUCCAUCUAGGUUGGUGUUAUGUAUUGAAGUUCUCACCCUGGCCAAAAGGAGUCUCAUGUAUGUAGUUUUCACUCAGGUCCACGUCAGCUACUUUAGGCGGGAAACCCUGGGUUGUUGUUGCUACAAUGUUGACAGCCGGCUGCCUAUAAAAGCAGGCCAGCUGAGCUCUUUGCUGUUCAGUUCUGUUCCAGCUUACAAAUAAAGAGCUGCUUUGAAGAAUCUCUGUGUCUGAUAUGUUCACCCACAACAUAACAGUUGGUACUGUUUUUAUGGCCAUAUAUAUAUAUAUAUAGCCAGAGUCUUUCUCAGAGAGCAGGUCUUUCCCACCCCUACCAGCUGGAUGUUAAACUUGUAAUAUUUUGCAUGCCGUUUUAUACGGAUGGUGAACUGCAGCCUGAUGCAGCAAAAAAUAUGUGAUGGAACCAACUGACUAAUAAUAAUAAUAAUAAUAAUUUGUUAUUUAUACCCUGCCCAUCUGGCUGAGUUUCCCCAGCCACUUUGGGCGGCUUCCAAUCAAGUGUUAAAAACAAUACAGCAUUAAAUAAAACUUCCCUAAACAGGGCUGCCUUUUGCUUUAUCUCUCAGUUAUCAGUAUAAAUCUGUCUGGUGGACUUUCUCCUGCAGAACAGAUCCCAAAGUACAUGAAAAAUGCAGGAACUUUUUUAUAAAAAAAACCCAACAAUUUUAUGUUUUUUGGAUCUUAGGAACAAAUUCAGGCCCGUCUGGAUUUCUUGAAGAAAGAGAGACAGGAGCUUCUGGAAUUCAAAACACAGGACGACAAGAAAAGCCAAGACCUUUUGGUGGGUAUCAGUUGUUACUUACAAGCUGGCAAAUGGGUACACCAUUGACUCAAAUGAGGGGGUAUAAUAUAACAGAGCUGAAAAGGGUUGAGGAGGGGGGCUACUCUUUUGCCUUUCAUAACAGCUUGAUAUUGUGAUGAAGUGUGUAGCUGGUAAAGCAGAGAUAAGCAUUAUCAUGCACUGCACAUAUCUGCCCAUCUAGCUGCUCUUGAAGGCGCAGGGCAUGACAAGAAUUUGAAUUUGAAAAUUUUGAAUUUGAAUUUGAAAUCCUGCAGUCAAGCAUUGCUACACAGAGAACAGAUAUCUUUGGCCACAUCUUCACUCAGAAGAGAGAAUAUAAAUGUGCUUUAACAUUGCUUCGGGGUUGUUGUUGUUUAGUCGUUUAGUCGUGUCCGACUCUUCGUGACCCCAUGGACCAGAGCACGCCGGGCCUUCCUGUCUUCCACUGCCUCCCGCAGUUUGGUCAAAUUCAUGCUGGUAGCCUCGAGAACACUAUCCAACCAUCUUUCCCAACAUCAGGGUCUUUUCCAGGGAGUCUUCUCAUGAGGUGGCCAAAGUAUUGGAGCCUCAGCUUCAGGAUCUGUCCUUCCAGUGAGCACUCAGGGCUGAUUUCCUUCAGAAUGGAGAGGUUUGAUCUUCUUGCAGUCCAUGGGACUCUCAAGAGUCUCCUCCAGCACCAUAAUUCAAAAGCAUCAAUUCUUCGGCAAUCAGCCUUCUUUAUGGUCCAGCUCUCACUUGGGUUACAUGACAGUAGAAUACAAGGGGUAUCUGGAUGAGUUCCACAGCAACAGGUUCACAGCCAAAGACCUCUGUUCUGUGUGCCAAUUGACUUCAUGGGCAGGCACCUUGCUUACGUGGCUGGUUAAAGCAGUUUCAACUCAUAACAGACUCAGAGCACAAAUUUACAGCGCAGAUGACAAACUAGGUGAAAGGUUAGGAGUGUCCCUUGUUAUUUUUGCAAAUUAUAACUCUGUUCCUUAUCCUCUGCUGCCAUCUAUUGUUUGUACUUAUUUAUCAUUACUCUCCAUCUACAGCCUUUGUGGAAGCGAAAAGAUGCUUCCUGGAUCUUUUUGGGGGCAGGAUUCAAAUCACAUACUGGCAAAUUCAGGUUACACGAUUAAAGUGGAUUUGGAGCUUGUAAGCAACUAGCCUACAUCCCAUAAUGCUUUUUGCAAUAAGGAAAGUGAUGGCAACAUGUAUUGGAAAGUGUAAGUCUGGCUGUCAUCCCAAAACACGACAGUAGAUGUCCUCACUUGUAAUUUAAGGAGAAGCUCUUUUUAAAGGCAGAGUAACAGUAAGGUUACAGGUUUUAGGGGGUCAGUCUGGAUGACACCCAGGUGUCCCUUACAAACCUGUGAUCUUGUGUAGAUGAGGUUAGAAUCUAUAAGAGGCAAGCGGCCAAACCAAAAACCCCAAAACCACCGUUCUGAAGGGCCCUUUUAUUGACACCAUUCUGACGUUAGCUGGCCAAAGUUGUGUUUUGAGACUGUUUGGUGGUGUUAGGCCUUCUGCUAACUGGCAAUCUUGGUUUUGUUUCUUUAAGAAAACCAUAGAGACUGAGAGACAGAAGGUCCUCUCUGAAUUUGAAGGGAUGCGCCAGUUUCUGCAUGAACAAGAGCAGCUUCUUCUGGGUCAGCUGGACAAGAUGGAGAAGGGCAUCACCAAGAGGCAGAACGAGAACAUCACCGAGCUCUCCAAGGAGAUUUCUCUCCUCAACAAACUCAUUGCUGACCUGGAAGACAAAAUCCAAGAGCCAGUGCUUGAUUUCCUCAAGGUAAAACUUUCCAAAAAAAAUUACACAUGCAUCCCAGAACCUUUGUGCAAAGCCAAGCCUAUUAUCACCAGCGUCACCUAUAAAUUAUCUGACACACUGCACCACAAUAGAUGUCUGGAUGUGUGCACACUUGCAGAACUUGCAUGACCUGUUGUACUUUCUUGAUCAAGUACUUAGAAACCUCGCCUCAGGAAGGUGCUUUCCUCAAGGAAAGUAAAAGCCAUGUUAUCUCUGCCUUGGCAGUGCUGGAUUUGACCAGAAUAUUGACAUUUAGGGUGGUCUCCUAGGCCACAUUCAUGCCAUACUUUAAAGCACCAUGAUACCACUUCAAACAGUCGUAUAAAGGUGAAGGACCCCUGAGAGUAAAAUCCAGUCGCAAACGACUCGGGUUGUGGCGCUCAUCUCGCUUUACUGGCCGAGGGAGCCGACGUUUGUCCGCAGACAGUUUUUCCGGAUCAUGUGGCCAGCAUGACUAAGCUGCUUCUGGCGAACCCAGAGCAGCGCAUGGAAACGCCAUUUACCUUCUCGCCGCAGUGGUACCUAUUUAUCUACUUCCACUGGUGUGCUUUCGCACUGCUAGGUUGGCAGGAGCUGGGACCGAACAACGGGAGCUCACCCUGUCACGGGGAUUCGAACCGCCGACCUUCCAAUCAGCAAGCCCAAGGCUCAGUGGUUUACAUGUCUCAGUGCCACCCAUGUCUCAAACAGUCAUAGCUUUCCCCAAAGAAUUCUGGGAGCUAUAGUCUGUUAAGGGUGCUGAGAGUCGUUAGCAGACUCCUAUUCCCCUCACAGACUACAGUUCCCAAAGUUUCUUGGGAAGAAGGAUUGAUUGUUAAGCCACUCUGGAGAUUGUAGGUCAUGGAGGCGAGGAUCUCCUAACAACUCUUCAUUAAGGGUGCUGAGAGUUGCAGGUGAAGCUUUUUACAGCACAAACCGAAGCAUUAUGACUUGCUAACAUCUGCGGAUCGAGCAGCUGUCAAAAGCAGAGGAGCCAGGGAGUUAGGAAGAAUGUCGGUCGCCCUGACAUCUGCAACAUCUUGAAUUAAAACAGGACUGAGUUUCUUUCAAUUCACAAACAAUAUUUUCUGAUUUCUGUAUUGUUGGGGGGAGGGGAGAAAAAUACUCCCCCUCACCCCCUCACUUUAAAAUUGCUUUGCAUAAAAGCUGUGUUCUGUGGUGUUGAUUUUUAAGCCUUGAUUUUUCUGUUUGCCACCGUUCUCAAGUUGCACCUAAUGUUCCCAUGCCAAGCAGUUUCUUUGACCUAUUUAAAGGCUGCAGCGUUCCUCGCUGAGGAUGGCUGUAGCCCAGAAAUCUGGGCUGUGGUCUCUUUCUAUACAUAGCAUACUGUACUAGGGACAUCAUUUCCAUGUCACUUUACAUUCAAAUGAGUCUCAAAGUGGCUUGCAAACAAUAAAUAACAGUAACAUAGGAAAACAUAAUGAAACAACAUUAUGUAAAAUAAUUAACAGAUCAUCAGUAGAACACUUGCAAUCUACAUAACACUACUGUAGUAACAAAUCAGCCAUGAAAAAAGUAAGCUGAUAGCUGAACAUCACAAUUUUAGCAAAUGUCAUACUAUAUGAUUGACAGGUUAAUACAGCAUUUAGAAUCAAUAAAACAAAAAUGGAAAACGAGCGAGGUCCCAACCAAAGAAGAAUGGCAACUUAAGCUGAUGGAAUAUGCGCAGCUUGCAGACUUAACAUACAUGAGAAAGACCACUACACACACACACACACACACACACACACACACACACACACUUUUAUUAACUUUCAAAAUUUUAAACAUAUACAGUCAAAAAGCAUUUUUGUCUUUUCUCUAAUUUUUGCCAGCAUCCCACCCCUUUUCCAAUAGAGUUGCUGUUUCUCUCCUGCUGCUGCACCCUGUCUUCUACCUAUCAAAUCCGAACCACGUCCAUGUUAUAUUUUAACCACCACUCUACAAAUGGUGGGCAAUUCUGGUAUGAGCAUUGGUGGCAGUGUGGUGGCUGUGGACUAAACACUUGAACACCCUUUCCGAGGGCUUCCAGCCCUUCUCCAGACAGCUGCCGCUAUACACAGAAGUCAGCUGUCAGGAAAAAGCAUUUGUGACCCCUGCAUCUAUAUGGCAGUAGAUGCAGCAGGAUGGAUUGGCAACUAGAAAACCAGAAUGUCCUACACCAAGGCGAUCCUUCCAUCAGGACAAGCGCUUAGGUUUGCCAGAUGGAAUGUCCCUUGCCCAUCCACAGGCCCAAAGGAGGUGCCUGUUGAAGUAUAGGUAGGUUCCCACGAGGCAAGACACAGUGAUAACAGCAAGAACCUUUGUUGAACUAACAGAACUGGACAACAGGGGCAAAGCAACUUCUUAUAUACAUUUCUGAAGGCCUGGGCCACUCCCACUCCCAACGUGAUUGGCUAUCUAAACUUCCAAGCUGCAAAUCAUGACUCAGAGUUUGAGGGCCAAUGGCAUAAGCCCAAAUACUGAAUACGUACUGUGAUUGGAUAUCAUGUAUCGAAUCAGAAUACAGGGGCUCAGAACCCUUAGUCCAGACCAGGCACCCCUAACCUAUGGCCCUCCAGAUGUUUUGGCCUACAACUCCCAUGAUCCCUAGCUAACAGGACCAGUGGUCAGGGAUGAUGGGAAUUGUAGUCCAAAGCAUCUGGAGGGCUGAAGGUUGGGGAUGCCUGGUCCGGACUCAAGCUCAGGCAAACACAGACCAUGGAAUACAUAACACCUGUGCAAGUGGUUUGAUGCAGGGGUACCAAAGAAGGAUGUCAGAAAUGCCAGAGGGAUGCCCCUCUCCGACGCUGGGAUCCAGUGCUGCGAGCAGGCUGCAGCUCCACCCCACAGCUCACCCCACACACCCUGGUUGGCGAUUGCAGAAGUUACGCUGCUGGGGCAAACACAGAAACAGCAAGUGUCUGUCAUGACUCUCGACUCCUGGGCAAACAUUCUUUGCAUUACUUGCACAGGAAACUGUUGCCCAUGAAGGGGGAGCAGGAAAUAUCUUAAACAUGUAGCAGAGUUUACAAAAAAACAGACCAGAGGCAAUUGUACUUCAUCCAGCAGAGCUUUACUUUCUACUGAAGGCAAAUGAGCAUAAUGGUCACAAGUCCAGUGUAAUCAGGAUUGGCACAGUCCAUAAAAAUCCAGUUGCAGCAAAAAACAAUAAAACUUACACUUAAAAGAACUUAUAAUAAGGCUCAACCUUAACACUAAGCAUACAGAAACAGAACAUGAGAACAAAGAGACAGAAAAACAGAAAGUGAGUGAGACCCUGACAGAAACAUAACAGAAGCAGUUUACCAGCUGUACACAGCUUCCCGGAAGAAAUGUAACCCAAACAAAAAAAACCUCCUUCCUGUUUCAUUCACAUAGAAAUAAACCUUCUAUAACACAGAGAAUAAACCUUCUAGGGCCCUCUUGAACUAAUCAGAAUAGGAAAAAUCUCUACAUAUCAGAUCAAUACUUUCUGUACAAAGAAAUGCAAACUGACAAAAACGCCACACGUCAGUUUGGCCAGAAUCUCCCAUCGGUCCACAGGGGGCAGGCAUCAAACUCUGUCUCCUCUUCCUAGGCCAAUAGCCAAGCGUGCCAAGACAACAGAGAUAAGCGUGGCAUCAAAGCAGGCCAAUUAGCAUAUAUCAAAGCAAACGGAUAAACAUAGUGAGCUCAUUCUUGCAUCAAAUACUAAUUAGUCUCUGGGUUAUCUUGACUACCAAGAUGGCCUUUACAGGCCUUAAGGAACAAAUAUUCACCGUUUGGUUCUACACAAUCCUCCUCUCUUCCCCCUGCAUGCUGUUCCAGGGUGUCAAGGACUGGCUGGAUGCUGAGGAGUGGUGGGAGGCAGCAGCUGGGGGACCCUCAUGGGAACCCCCAGGGGAAGAAGGCUCAGAGCCCGGGGAUUGGUGGUGGGACGACGAUGAGUGGCCAGAGGGAGCAGACCGGGAGGAGGAGGAGGAGGAGGUGUCGGAAGCUAAAGAGGUAACAGGGUUUAGUGAGCAGGGAUAUUCCGACAAUUGAAGAAUGGCAACAGAAAGUAUUGGAGUAUGCGGAAAUAGCAAGGCUAACUGGAAGAAUCCAACAGCAGGACGAUGCGAAAUUCCAAAAAGAAUGGCCCAAAUUUAUGGUAUACUUAGAGAAAUCUGUACAGUGGCACCUCGGGUUACAUACGCUUCAGGUUACAGACUCCACUAACCCAGAAAUAGUACCUCGGGUUAAGAACUUUGCUUCAGGAUGAGAACAGAAAUCGUGCUCUGGCGGCGCGGCAGCAGCAGGAGGCCCCAUUAGCUAAAGUGGUGCUUCAGGUUAAAUACAGUUUCAGGUUAAGAACAGACCUCCAGAACAAAUUAAGUUCUUAACCCAAGGUACCACUGUACAUAAAUAAAGACACUCACAGGACUGAAAUAAAACUCAUCACGUUUAUUGUAAACAUUUGGUUAGACCACAAGACGUAAUGCUGUAAUAUAAUAAGGAAUGUAUGUCUAAAGUAGAAUACAAAAAUUUAUUAAGGAAUUAUAGAUAUUUAUAGAAUGCAUAUAUAGCAAUCACGCUUAAGUAAGAGCAAUGUAGAGAAGCCAGAAGAGGGGUGGAGGGAAGUUAAUUCGGAUAAGAUAUAGACUUAAAGGAGAAUAAUAUUGUUAAUCUGUAUUGUGUUUAAGAUAUUUGGAAAAAAUUACUGGGGGGAAAACACCAGGGUUUAGUGAGCAAGAAGAGGCUGCGGCAGAGAGCAGCCUGGAGGUGGAGGCUGGAGUGGGAGGGGACCAAGAGGCUGCUGAGGGUGCCAAGGAGUCUCCCCCUCCUGCUGUGACCAGCUCCCCUCUCCCCUGGUCUCCCAGAGCCCAAAGAGGUAUGAAGAGGGUGGAGCAAAGACAGACAAGGCGUCGGAGUCUCAGGUUGCUUGGGAAAGACCCAGGGGAGGAGAAGGAGGCUUAGAGAGCUGUGAGAAGGCAAGAAGCUUCCAUCCUCGCAACUGCCUCAUUGGGGCAAGAUCUACGGGGAAGAAUUGCUGGGCUCACUAGGCCCAAGCUGCUGUUUCUUUGAAAAAGUUAAAUUCACUGACACCUUGUGAGUUACUGCUGACCUGCUACCGAUACCCGCCCUGACACCGCCACCCCCCCGCUCAAGUUGAUUGCUGGGUGGGGUGAGAAGAUGGGGGAAGCCCUCUUGCGAGAGCAGAAAUUGUGUGGGGUUCUGCUGAUGCGACUGGUUAGGUGAAUCCCACCCAUUGCUUCUGGAAUUUAUGUGAAUAAAAGGGGAAGCAAUUGCAGGGGGUUGGACUAGAUGGCCCUUUGGGUCCCUUCCAGCUCGACGGUUCUGAUUCAAUAAUGGAAUGGAAUGAAACGUGUUAGACGACUGCUCUUCCCCCAACCCUCUUUCCCUCCCCUCUCUUGUUUCCAGUGUGGUGUAGUGGUUAAGAGUGGUAGACUCAUAAUCUGGUGAACCGGGUUCGAUUCCCCACUCCUCCACAUGCAGCUGCUGGGUGACCUUGGGCCAGUCACACUUCUCUGAAGUCUCUCAGCCCCACUCACCUCACAGAGUGUUUGUUUUGGGGGAGGAAGGGAAAGGAGAUUGUUAGCCGCUUUGAGACUCCUUAAGUGCAAUGAAAGGCGGGAUAUCAAAUCCAAACUCUUCUUCUUCUUCUUUCUCUUCCAGGAUGUGACAAGUGCCCUGAUCAGGUACGGAGCUGCAAUUUCACCCCCUCUUUGUUCUUUGUUCAUGAACCAGCUGAAAGGUCAGUGUCAGCCAUUCAGGGAAGCAGAGUCUCUGAGGCAUAUUCUGCAGGCUGCAGGCUAGAUGACUCUCUCGGGUCAUUACAAAUCCCAGGCUCCUUAUAACCACUUUGAGUGUGAAUAUGAUCCCACCCUCGCAAUCUCAGCUUUCCAUCACCUACAUAGGCAGCCAGACUGGCAGCUCUCAGACAGAAAUAGGGAAUGUGGGGAGGGCUAGGGAGAAGGAAGAGUUAUUUUCUUGUUUAUUUGUGUAGCAGCGAAGCCACUGGGGUGAAGUUCAACCCUUGAAGCCUCAUAUGUUAAAAAACAAACAAAACUGGGAGGCAAAGCUUUGCUCUUUUGUCUGUCGUAACUCUCAGUUCAGUAACUCUUCUAAUUUUCGCAACCUGUCAGGAGCGAUGACCUUAAAUGUCAGAGGCCGGUUCCCGUUUCUUCUGACAUGAAGGGCCACACCUGCAAUUUUUCUCUGAAGACCGUGGUCCUCAAGGGAGUGCUAAAGAAAUUCAAAGGUAAAGAGAAGCAACACCUCUCCGUUCAAAUCCAUUCUCGGUAUUUUAGCAUCUGAAAGCGGAAGCGUUGGCUUGUGGCAUGCCAUGGCCCAGCACAGAGCAGUCUCUUUCAGUCUCGAUAACAAUUUGCAUUAUUGAUUUUACAGAAGACAGCCUGAAAGAACUGCUUUCUUAAUUGACUAGCGCAGGGGUUGUCAGCCUGGUCCAUACCGCCCACUAGUGGGCGUUUCAGGGUUCUGCGGCACAAGCUGAAUCCUCCUUCCAUUGAGCACUGGUGGGCGGUAAGGAAAUUUUACCACCAAGAAAGAUGCAUUAGUGGGCGGUAGGUAUAAAAAGGUUGACUACCCCUGGACUAAUGGGAUGCAUUGUUGUAGUGCAGUGAUGGCCUCUGUGCUAGCUGGAUUUUCCGAAAGGGUUUAGACAAAUUCUCCUGGUAGCCAGCAGUUUGUGGGGUGCCUGCUGAAUAUUCUUCUUUUGCACCGGACAGGGGUGGGAUUUGCUGCCUCUACCAAAGGCUAUUAAUCAUGGUGGCCGUAAGGAAUCAUAGAAUCAUAGAGUUGGAAGAGACCACAAGGGCCAUCGAGUCCAACCCCCUGCCAAGCAGGAAACACCAUCAGAGCACUCUGAUGGAGCAGCCUCCAUAUUCAGAGGGAGGGGGCAAUAACGGGGGGGGGGAGCAGCUGCCUCCAUGCCCUGCUUGCGGCCUUCCCAGAGGACUCUGGGUGGUCACUGCUGGAAUCAGAAUGCUGUACAACAGGGGUGGAGAACCUCUGGCCUCUGGUCUUAAAUUGGGCUUCCUGGUCCCAUCAUUUAGCCAGUGAGGUCGUUUUGGCCUAGCCACGCCCACCUGCCCUACACCUGGCAUCAGGUAUGGGGCAGGUAAAGAGACAGCAGGGUUGGGGCGGAGAGGUUGCAGGUAACCUGUUCAGCAGCACCUACGAAGCCCUGUGCAUGUGAUUUUACAAGCCCCGACAAUCAGCUGAUGCAGAGAGCUGUAACCAGCAGAUCUGGAACAUGGAACAAGUUGGUCUGUGCCAGCCUUCAUCAAGCUGCCCUCCAGAUAAUUUGGACUACAACUCCCAUCAGCCACUGGAAGGCGCCGGCUUGGGAAAGACCGGUAUUUGUUUAUGACAAAGAGGUUACUAACAGUUUCCAUUCUCUUGUAUGGGUCUGUGUGUGUGUGUUUGCGUACAGUCAUACCUCAUGUUAUGUUUGCUUCAGGUUGCGCAUUUUCAGGUUGCAUCCUGCGGCGACCCGGAAGUACUGGAAAGGGUUACUUCCGGUUUUCACUGCUCGCACAUGCGCAGACGUGCAAAAUGACGUCAUGUGCAUGCGCAGAAGCGGUGAAUCGCUACCCGUGCACGCACAGACGCAGGUUGCGUUCUGCUCAUGUUGCGAACGGGCCUCCGGAACGGAUCCCGUUCGCAACCGGAGGUACCAGUGUACAUGCAUAUCCAGGGAGCUGAUUGUAAUUGCAAUAGAAGUUAAAUUACACACACACACACACACACACACACACACACACUCUGCAAAAAAACCUGUGUACCCAAUGAAAAAUAGUGGGUACUGUAUAGUAUAAUAUGUACGUAUAUGGUGUUUGGACAGAAUCUCUUUCUGCUGUUCCUAGUUAGCCCUGAUUUUCAUUAAUGGGCUUCCUCUUCUUUCAGAUCACCUGCGGGAUGAAUUGGGGAAAGGUGAGAAAGGUAAGUGCUGGUAAUUAGCUAGAUUUUCUGAAGAACCAGAUCAUACACCUGAAUGUUCAAAGCAGACGUUGUGUGUGUUAAUACGUAUAUCCAGAAAUGAGUUUCAAGGGUUGUUUUUCAAGGCAUGUAAUAAAAACUCUGCCAGUCUCCUGUAUUCUCUGUUUUCAGUAAUGUCACUGAAUACAGUCAUAGCUCAAAAGCUCAUGGUUGCUGCAUUGGCUUUGGGCAGAAGUGUAUUGGGAAAGUGGUGGACACUCGAAUCAGAAGCUGAAUGGCCACCUGUCAGGGAUUAUGUAAUAUAGCGGUUGGUUUCCCAGCCUAAUUAAGGGAGGAGCAAAGUGAGAAUGCUUGAGCUGUAUGAAGAACCUAGGACAGAAAUGCCCACACCAUACAUUUAAAGCACAUUCAACUCCUAUUUAAAUUGUGUGGCUUUACCCAAAGAAUCAUGAGAAGUGCAGUUUACACCCCCCCCCGAGCUAUAAUUCUCAGCGCUCUUAAGUUCUCUGAAUUUUUAGGGAGGGAGAGUCCUGUGGUUUAAACGUACGUUGAAUGUGCAUUCAAUGUAUGCUGUGAUCCUAAUUUACUUAUCUCAUGUUUCUGUGUUUCAUCCCAGCACAACCUAUUUAAAACAUUAUUAUUUAAAUUUGUCUACUGCCCUAUACCCGCAGGUCUCAGGGCAGUUCACAAGAUAAAAUCACAAGAUACAAGCACAAAAUACAUAAUUAAAACAAAAACAAAAAAGACUCCAACACAUUUAAAAAGGGCAUUGGAUGUCCAAAUUGUGAAACCUGUCAUAGGAAUUCUAAGGUCUCAAAUAUAGAAUAAAUGUUGAUAAUUGCAUAAGAUAAACAUACAUAAAUAUAUAGACCACAUGUCUAAAAUAGUACAGGAGAGCAAUCCAAAAGCAUCUUGGCUCUUCUAAAAUCUCUAAAUAUUUCCUCUGCCUCCUUAAUCCCCUUUGCCUGAGAACUGGUAGGCAGAUAGCAACCAGGGGAAGUUCCUGAAGGAAUUCCUCUCCUUUAUCCGGUGCCCUUUUUUUUCUUUAAAAAAAUGUUUAGGGGUACUCUCAUUUUGACUCAAAAAAAAUCACCAUUUUAUAGCUCAAACUGGGAAAAAUAAAUACAGUUAAUGGACAAAAGUACAGAAAUUCACAAAAUUUACCUCUGCAUCCCCGCAGAAGAAAGCACUGCCUAUAUCUUUCAACCUCCUUUGUAUAAUUAAUGUUUGCCCAGAUAAUAAUUGUUAAAUAGUGGGUAGACAUAGCAGACGACGCAGCGAUUUCUCCAAAGCAGCUCUUUAUUUGUAAGCUGGAACAGAAUGUAGGUAUGUUUGAAUAUUUUUAAGGAUUGUAUGAAAUGUAUGUUUGUAUGCUUGUAUAUUCGCAAUAUGUGUGUAUUAAUGCUGAAUUAUUUUAAAAUCAAAAAAAGAUUUUUUAAAAAAGGAACAGAACUGCACAGCAAACAGCUCAGCCGGCCUGCUUUUAUAGGCAGCCGGCUGUCAACAUUGUAGCAACAACACCCCAGGGUUUCCCGCCUAAAGUAGCUGAUAUGGACCUGAGUGAAAACUACAUACAUGAUACUCCUGGUGGCCAGAGUGAGAACUUCAAUACAUAAUAAUAAUAAUAAUAAUAAUAAUUAUUAUUAUUAUUAUUAUUAUUUAUGCCUCGCCCAUCUGGCUGAGUUUCCCCAGCCACUCAGGGCAGCUUCCAAUCGAGUGUUAAAAACAGUACAGCAUUAAAUAUUAAAAUAUUAAAAACUUCCCUAAACAGGACUGCCUUCAGAUGUCUUUUAAAAAUAGGAUAGCUGCUUAUUUCCUUGACAUCUGGUGGGAGGGCGUUCCACAGGGCGGGCGCCACUACCGAGAAGGCCCUCUGCCUGGUUCCCUGUAACUUGGCUUGUCUCAGGGAGGGAACCGCCAGAAGGCCCUCGGCGCUGGACCUCAGUGUCCGGGCAUAACAAUAGGGGUGGAGACGCUCCUUCAGGUAUCCUGGGCCGAGGCCAGUAUAUGCCCUUCCUGUGAAUUUUCUCUGCUGUUCCCGCGGGGGGUUGACUUAACGCUCUUAUCCUGCCUCCUAGAGGAGCUGCUCCUGGACCCAGAGACGGCCAACCACCUCCUCAUCCUCUCGGCGGACCUCAAGGGCGUGAGGAUGGGCUGCCGAAAGCAAGAUCUACCUGACAACCCCAAGCGCUUCGACACCAACUCCCGCGUCCUGUCCACUGAGGGUUUCAAGUCGGGGAGGCAUUACUGGGAGGUGGAGGUGGGGUCUGCCGACGGCUGGGCCUUUGGGGUGGCCAAGGAGUCGGUGCGCAGGAAAGGCUUGACCCAGUUUAGCCCUGAAGAGGGUAUCUGGGCACUGCAGCAAACGGGAGGGCGGUACUGGGCAGUCACAGUCCCCAAGCGCACCCCGAUUUUCAUGCCCGAGAGGCUCCACAAAGUGAGGGUUUACUUGGACUACGAAGGGGAAGAGGUGUCCUUCUACAACGCUGACAACAUGCAGCACAUUUUCACCUUCAACGUCGCCUUUACGGAGAGGGUGUUCCCCCUAUUCUCUGUUUGCUCCACUGUCACCUACAUUAAACUUUGCUCCUGAGAGCAGCUUCGUUCCAAGAGGGUGGGCAGCUACAUUAUUUGUGCGCAAUGAAAACCAUAGCCCGCUUGCUUUCGAUGCCAAGGCGUCUGUCCCUGGGGGCCACCACCGAGGAGGGCCUCGUAGUCACAUAACCUUGUGGCGGCUGCAGGAAAAGUGCUUGGGGGUGGGAAAUGCCUUCAGAGAGCCAGUGUAGUGUAGUGGUUAAGAGCGGUGGACUCAUAAUCUGGUGAACCGGGUUCGCUUCCCUGCUCCUCCACAUGCAGCUGCUGGGUGACCUUGGGCCAGUCACACUUCUCUGAAGUCGCUCAGCCCCACUCACCUCACAGAGUGUUUGUUGUGGGGGAGGAAGGGAAAGGAGAAUGUGAGCCGCUUUGAGACUCCUUCGGGUAGUGAUAAAGCGGGAUAUCAAAUCCAAAACUUUUCUCUUUAAACUGUCAUGGCUUCCCCCCAAAGCAUUCUGGGAGCUGUACUUUGUUAAGGGCGCUUUAGGCGCUUUGUUAAGGGCGCUUUAGUUAAUUCCCCUCACAGAGCGACAGUUUCUGGAGUGGUUUAACAAACAACCCUUUUAAUCACCAUUAAUUAAUGCAGAAUGAGUACUGUAUUGGCUACAACGGGCAAAACAUCCUCCUGUUUCUCUCCCUGACAUUACGUGGAAACAUUAAUGUUUGGAUUCAAAUUUUACACUAUGACUUUGUGUCAGGUUUUGUCAUUUCUUUACUUUGUACUGGAUCGGUUUGACUAUCAACAUACAGUCAAACCUCGGUUGUCAAACGUAAUCCGUUCCGGAAGACUGUUUGACUUCCAAAAUGUUCGACAACUGAGACGUGGCUUCUGACUGGUUGCAAGAGUUUCUUGACUCAAGCGAAAUCCGCGUUGGACAUUCGGGUUCCGAAAAACGUUCAAAAACUGGAGCAUUUACGUCCGGAUUUUUGGCGUUGAGGAGCCAGAGGCAUUUGGGAACCCAAAUUUGACUCUGAGUCACUGCACAGACUUAAACUGACCCAAGUCAUUCCUCCUUCACUGCGAGGGAUGUGAAAGGUCCCUACCAGAGAUUUAUCAAUGUCCUCACCAAACUAGAACGCCCAGAAUUCUUUGUUGGAGGCAGACUAUUGACCCAGCAUAACCCUGAAAACCGUUUCUAGAGAAUUGUCUCAUCUGGGAAGAAGAGUCCCUUUUGCGUCACGGAGUCUCCUUUCAGCUCUCAAACGGUUUGCAUCAUACAUACGUCAUUUGGUUUUCUAUACCUACUUUUUAAAAUUCUGCAGCACGGAGUUUGACCGCAUGAUGACGAGCAUUUUGAAACUUGCUGAUUGUUGAAAGGCCUUUGCAAACAGUACCUGUGGAUAUGGCCCAAUCCCACCCUCUUUCUUUCUGUCUUUGCCUUCAUACAAUUCAAGCUCUCUGCCUAGGCUUAGCCAUUGUUGGAAGCGUUCAAUGGGUGCUUAAGUUGCUCCUUAUCUAAAUAUGACCUUGGAAUGUGCCUACAAAUUGCAUCCAUUUGCAGGAUGGAACUAAUUUGUUUAGCUUGAGCAAGGGCAAGGAGACUUGAAAGACAGUUUGACUGACAGAUUUGCUAUGAGGUUGAGCUUAUUUUGGGGGGAGCGGGGUUGUAUGGCCCUGAUGUAGCUGUGAACCUAGAACUGCUCUCCUGUGUACUUGCUUCUGUGCCUCUGUAAUCCUCCUUGCUCAAUUUGUACAUUUGUAAAUAAAUUGGUUAGUACAGAGAUACC